CAGAGAGGAAGUGGCUCUGAUAGUCCACAUCUGAAUCUGACAGUCAAGAUGCCACUAAAGCUGCAGCUUUGCUUCCUAGUCUUGUUUGUAAGGGGUUCCGUUGCAGUGCAACAUAUGACCGUAAUGGAGGGUGAGACUCUAACUAUUAAGUGUCACAUUAGAAAUGCUCACAGGAGCCACGUGGAAUGGAAGAAUCCUAACGGGCAUGUGAUGUUUUUCAAUGACCAUAAGGCCCUGAGGGAUAAGCGCUACAAGAUAAUCAACUUGUCCGAGUCCGAUUUUUCAGUCAGUGUGUCUGAUGUCACCUUCAAAGAUGGAGGCCUCUACACAUGUUUACAUUACACAAAAGUGCCUGUAGUGAAGUCAGUUACCGUAACAGUUUUGGGUAUGCCAAAAUUGGAGAUAACAGAACACAAUGGAAAGACUACCAUCAAAUGUUCUGCAGUGGGAAAUAGCCAUCCUCCCAAAAUUUCAUGGCUUUUGGGGAGUGGGUUAGAAAUUGAUGCUCAGCCUCAGUCCCAGUAUCUUUUGGGAAAAAACAUAUAUUCCUCCCUGGAUAUCUUGCAUGUUCAGUCCCACAAGAGGAGAGUCACAGUGAAAUGCAUCGUUCGCCAUCCAGCCUUACACAAUUCUUCUCUGAUGAAUUUCGUAAAAAUUGGACAGAAUCCCUCUGAGGAAUCACACUCCACUUCGAGAACCUCUCAUUGGCCAAGUACAGAAGGUCCAACAACAGUCUCCCGUUGGCCUGGUACACAGGUGUCAACAGAAAAACCAACAGCUACAGCCUUAAAUUGGCCCAAUACAAAGCGUUCACCAGCAUCAACCCCUGACUCACAACUCAGCACUCACAGUCAGCCAGCCCACUCAGUGUUUGAAGCUACAGGGUACACACUUGCUAAUGACAGCAGUAGCAACUCAACCAGUACUACAGGAAUCUUCGAUGAGACGGAGAGGCAGAGAGGAAAUGGAAGCAGUGCACCGUUGCUCAUCUUCCUCGUGACGUGCCUCAUCCUUGGUCUGCUGGUGGUCGUUGCAUUCUUUGUAAUCAAGCUGAGGAGGGCUCACAUACUCUGGAAGAAAGAAAAUGAAGAAUCUGAUCAAUCUGUGGAGAGCAGCAGAUCAAAAUCAAGCAAUGAAGAGAAACAAUCCAGAAGAAGGGGAAAUGGACUUUUUAACAUUGGAUUCACAAAGUAUGUCGUUGAGGAACCAAUGGCAACAGAGACGACAAUAACAACAAACACCAAAACAGAAGAGGCUCCUGAAAUUCAAGUCAUCCCACAAACAGAUGGAGCAACCCUAAGCCCUCAGAUCAAGGAGACGGAACUGUAAAAAAUGUCAGUGUGUGUUUUAAUAUUGGGAAUUCACAUAGAGAAUUCAAAUCAUAAGCACCUGAAAUGUGACAAAAAAUAUUUUUUUUUAUUUUAAUAUUGUUUUGAAACAUGUAACGUUACUGUGAUACAGUGGAUAAUUAUGUGUGUACACAGGCUCAUAAGCUGCUAUUAUGUAUGAUAUAUAUUUUUAAAUCCAAGUUUAUUUUUAUACUGAAAUAAAAGAAAAAUAUACAACAUAGGUAUGGAUUAUUCUGUGGAAGUAUCCCCCCACCUUGUUUAUAGUGUAUAUUCUCGUGUGUAUUUAUUUUAUUCUACGGUGUACUUUUAUAUUACUUAGUACAACUGCAUUGUUGAGCUUGUAAGCAAGCAUUUCACUGUACUGUUUACACCUGCUGCAUCUUGCACGUGAAACAAAUUAACUCUGUGUCACGACUUCCGCUGAAGUCGGGUCCUCUCCUUGUUCGGGCGGCGCUCGGCGGUCGGCGGUCUUCAAGCCAUCAUCUGUCCACUUUUCAUUUUCCAUGUGUUUUGUCUUGUUUUUCCUCACACCUGGUUUCAGUUCCCUCAAUUACUUGUUGUGUACUUAACCCUCUGUUACCCCAUGUCUUUGUGUGGGAUUGUUUAUUGUAGUGCUUGUGCACGUUUCCCGUGAGUGCACGACGGGUUAUUUUUGUGCCCAUGUAUCUUGUUAUUCUGGAUGCCUUGGUUUUGCUAAAUAAAUCUCUGGUUAUCACCCAG